CAUUUAGUCUCGCAUGGUGGUAGAGGGACAGUAGAAAGACAGCCAACAAGACAGGAGUUGAGGUUCCAGAGCGCUUCUGAUUCAGGAGUUCCAGUUCUCGUAAGCAUCGCUGAAGCGGUGAGUUAAGGCAGAAGCUGGUCAGUUCGGGAGAGAGAGUGCGAGAGAUUGAUUAGCUGAUUUUGUCGAAAGAGACGUUAAGUGGAUAUGAAUUGAAGAGGAUUAGGAUUGCUGUACUGAAGAUUGGAGUAGAGAGAUUGGCGGCGAUGUAAAAAAACGAGGAGUGAAAAGUGAAGGGAGUUUGUCAGAGUGGUAGUUGAGCCGUAUAUUAUGUUGUUAAGAGCAGUAUGUACCGAUCAACGGUCCCGAGAAGAGGUUGCAGAGUAUGUUUGCGUGUUGUGUGGCAAGUAGGUCGGAGGCAGAGCGCGAAGAAGGCGAUGGAAGAAUCCUGCGAUUGGACUUGUUUUAGGAGUUUCCGUCUAGACCGCGAUGAAAACGUCAGGUUGCACUCGAUGUUAUCAGACCGGCCCGUUUCCACACUCGGGAUUGCGAUGAUGGAGAUUCAGGAAUUAGUUGAACAAUUUUCUAGGUGCAUUUGAUAGCGAUAGCAGGAACCGCCGUAAGUGGUAAUUUUCGGGAGAAAGAGAUCAUUGCGGAAGAAGCAUGUGUGUCUCAUAAUGUGUGAGGUUCUCUGUGAAUGAUUAUGGUAUUUGGACCGCGUGCAUGCACAGCACGCGCUUCCCUUGUUUGUAGUCAUGGUGCGACGCCAUGGCUGGCAGCUUCCUGCUCACACCCUUCAGGUGGCGGCAAUCACAGUCUUCUUCCUUCUUGCCAUCGCCUACUAUAUAUUUUUGGCCCCAUUCCUAUGGUUUAAUGGUUCAGUAAUCGCUGCUUAUGCAGUAUACUCUCCCGUGGCUUUUGCAGUAUUUGUAUUGUACAUUCGAUGCACAGCAAUCGACCCAGCUGAUUCUGGCGUGAAUAAGAACCAACAACACAGAAAUCAUCUUUUAAAUGACACUUCGGAGUCUUCAGUAGGGGUAGUGCCAGGACCUUCGGGUAUUGGUUCGUCCCUCCGCCCAUCUAACCCUCCGUCUGUGGCCUUAUCCGUGAAAGAAAAUGAGCACAAGGAGGUCAUUUUGGAAGAAGGAGAAGUCGAAAGUCACAGUCUUCCAAGGGACUGCAGCUAUGCCGACCUGCUUGGUCUGGUAUUUGGUUGGAUUUUUGCCCCUGAUGACUGUUGUAGUUCUUCCGACCUUCAACAGCUUGCUGUGGAAAACGAGAUACUGUUUUGCAUGCUCUGUAACACGGAGGUUCGCAAGUUUAGCAAACAUUGUCGAAGCUGCGAUAAGUGCGUGGAUGGUUUCGAUCAUCAUUGUCGAUGGUUGAAUAACUGCAUCGGGAAAAAGAAUUACAAGACGUUUGUGGCACUGAUGUCCUUGAGUCUGAUGCUGCUUAUUGUGCAGGGGGUAGUUGGAACAGCAGUGUUUGUGCGCUGCUUUGUGGAUAGGCGAAGUAUUGGGGAAGAAAUCACUGAAAAACUUGGGAAUGGAUUUACAAGAGCCCCGUUUGCAGCUGUUGUGGCUGUCUGCACAGCAGUGGCCUGGUUGGCGUGUGUUCCCUUGGGCGAACUCUUUUUUUUUCAUCUCAUCCUCAUUCAGAAGGGCAUUACCACAUAUGAAUAUGUGGUCGCUAUGCGGGCACAACCGGGAGGGCCACCAGUUGACGAUGAGGUAACGUCAUCUACCACCAGCUCAACAAUUCCUGAUAUGAGCAGAUCAAGCUCAGUUGGACUUCACUUAUCAAGCUCAUUAGGACUUCAACAGCACGUGGGUUGGUGUACGCCACCACGCAUAUUUGUAGAGCAUCAGGAUGAAGCAAUUCCACAUCCAGCAUCUGGCGUACCAUCUGCAACUGUGCACCCUGAACAACAGACCAAUCCGCGAAAUAGCAAGCCUGGAAAUGUUAGGAUCAGUGCUUGGAGACUUGCAAAGUUGAAUAAAGCGGAAGCUGUACAAGCGGCAGAAAAUGCUCGAAAAGUUUCGUCUGUUUUACGACGUGUGGCGCAUUCUGAGUUGAAUCCGUCGACGGAGUCGGAUGGAAGCCGCGGCAGUAAUAGCAGUAGAUAUAGUAUGAUCAGCACUGAAUCUAGUAUACCAGUUGCGCCUCAGAGAAGAUGUGAAGAUAGAAAAAGUUCCUUGUCCUUGUCUCCAUACAAGUCGGAACUUCCACGGAUACGUACGGGAAGGGAGCCAGACGUACUCGCCUUGUGGGAGAAGAGUUUGGGAGUCGAUUCGAGAAACGCAGGCAACCAGGCUAGAACUGAUAUGGCGUCUACGGGACUUGAUUCAUCAUCCAAAUCCUCUUUUACUGCCAGGCACCCUGUCAAUGCUGCCUCCAAGUUGCCGGCAGUCUUCCAUCCGGCUGAUCCUUCUGGUAGUAGGACUAACAAUGUCGCAGUCUCCAACCUUACUAGGCCUGUUGGAUCCACUCUCAGUGAUGGUUAUGAUGCUUCUGCCGGAGAGACCACAGAUGAUAUGAGACGACCAGGGAAGGGGAGAAUGAUCUUCAAUAGGAGUACCAAGCACUCCCCCGCUGGUUCCAAAAUGGGAACUAAUUUUGGUGAUAGACGGGCCAGUUGGUUUAGAGAAGACAGUGCUGCAGCGAGGACUAUCCAGUUCAAGGGUCGAGGAAUAAGCACUUCAGUGCUGUCUGUUCAUCAAAGCAGAAGAGCUCCAUGGUCCUCACCGUCAUCCGCAUCGGAUGCAGAUCUUGCACAUCCAGAGGGUGGGCCAUCUUCUUCACCGAAUCCAUCUCUGUCUUUGCAACCUUCUCAAAGAUAUGCAAGUAAUUCGCGACUGAGAAGCAAUCCGCAGACAAAUGUUUCCACGUCUAUCUUUUUCAGCAGCCCGCUUAUGCCCAUUGGGGAGUCGAGAAGACAGCAGCAGGCAAAUAAUCCACCCAAUUCAACUUCGAGGUCAGGGAUACCAGACUACCCGAGGGCUGGACGCAGCUCCAGAUCAAAUCCUCAAGUGACUAUUUUACCUCAGACCUCCGAUUCUAAUGAAAGGCGCUAAUCGCCCUCCCACCUAUAUAGUUCUCAUUAUUUCCUCAAGUUCACGGUUAUUGUUGGUGUAUUUGUGCUGGAGAUGGUAUGUUCAUGAAAGUUUAUGACCAACAUUAAACGCUGCCAUGUUUUUUUUAGCAGUGUAGAUGUUGCAUUCUUUUGCCAUCUCGACUCCUCCACAGAUGGAAAAGAUGCUAAAUUUAGCAGGUUCAUUUAUGCAUUGAAAGCUGCAACCUUUAUGGUUGGCAUCUUGAUGCAAUCAACAGGUUGUCCAGUCAAAUCCUAUUGUUCGGUAUCCUGCUGCAGUAUGAGCCGAUUUAAUGGAAACCUCACAGAAUUAUCCUUGUAGUUGCUUUAUGUAAUUUAUGCACACGUAAUUAAGAACAUUGAGAUCCGUUGUAAUGAAACUAUUUUACUUUUAAUAGUGCAAUUGCAAUGUUCCAAGUU